CAGUAAACAAGUGCAUUUAAAGCAUCCUUGUGAUGGGAGCUUACUGUAUAUGUUUCAAAUCUGAGGUAAAUGAUAAUACAAAACAAUAAUACAUAUAAUACAAGAUAAUAUCAACAUUCAUAGUAAGUACACUACUGUUUAAGAUUUUAAUCCUAAAUGAGUAGGAACCGUCAAUAUUCUUUAGGAUAUACAUAAUUACAAUUACUUUUCUUUUUUUAGCCUGGGUUGGAUCUAUCAGUUACGGCCUUAUUAUGAUUUUUGGCCCAGUUUCUGGAAAAAUGACAGAAAAAUUUGGAGCGAGGAUAGUAUCAAUAUUAGGGUCAAUAUUGAUUAUAGUCUCUAUUGCUGGUUCAUCUUAUGCUUCAAAAUUGGAUUUUCUUUUCCUGACCCAUGGAGUUCUGACUGGAAUAGGAUCCAGUUUUGCUUUUACCCCCGGUAUGAUAAUGAUAAGCCAGUAUUUCACUACCCAGCGCUCUUUAGCCACUGGGAUUGUAAUGUCCGGAGGAGCAGCAGGGGCUCUGGUCCAGACCCGCCUUCACCAAUACCUCAUAAGGACUGUGGGCUGGAGACAGAGCAUGCGCAUAUUUGCUGGUAUAAUGGGAAUUUCUGUAGUGGCUGGUUUUGCAUACAAACCUCUGAAUCCACCAGGACAUUCUCGAAGUGUUGUUGAGAAUCUCAGUACCUCACCAAUAAAAGGGUUCAUCGUAGAUCUUGGGUUGUGGAAAGACAGAGUCUUCUUGAUUUGGGUUUUUGCCAAUGGUUUAGCAAAAUUUGGAUUCUUCAUUCCUUAUGUGCACCUGAUAAAUCAUGGAGUACAAUUAGGAAUUCCUUUUGAAUUGGCAACUAAUAUUAUGCUGGUACUUGGAAUGAGCAGUUUUAUAAGUAGAAUCAUCUUUGGGAGAAUCUGUAAUUCCAGCAGAAUUAACCGUUUGUAUAUCAAUCAAGGUUCUGUGUUCACUGUUGGGUUGCUGUACUUGUUAAUUCCUUUGUUUAAAACCUUUGGUUCCCUCGUUGCCUUUGGCUUGUUCCUGGGAAUAGCCGAUGCAGGAAACUAUAUCCUUCUUCCUGUCCUCACUUUUGAUUUGAUGGGGUCUGAGAGGAUGGCAGUAGCUUGGGGAUUCAUGCUAACUGUAAAUUCGAUCAGUUGUUAUGGACCUCCCUUUGCAGGUUGGAUGUAUGAUAUGUAUGGCAGCUACAAUCUUGGCUUCAUUGUAGCUGGAGCUCUCAAUGUAGCUUCAGUCUUUGUUCUUGCUCUUAUUCCAUGGGCAAAACGUUCAUCAAUGCAGAAUCGCAAAAGCAUUCUCAGUGUUUCCAUGAACGAAACCACACACGAGAUCAAACCCUGGAUUGACAACAAUACCAUGGAGGUAAUAAGCUUUAUUAUCAGUACUGUUAUUGUCACAAAGUUUAAAAAAAAAGGAUCUGGAAAACUAAUGAAAAAACAUAACUUAUUAUUUAUUUUACAAGGUGAUGCAGUAUUUGUAAUCUACAAUUUGUUUACGUUAGUAUUAAAAUAAGCUAAUUGAGAAGGCAUAUGUUAGUAUUCAGCAUGCAAUAGUUGCUGUGUAUACUUAUAUCCUUAUAUUCGUUCAUUAUAGCUAGUUCCUUAGAACAUGGGUUAACAUUUAAUUUUUUUUGUUUUUUUUUACAGUAUUAUGUUUUUUUUUUUUAUUCAUACAGGGACCGAGAGCAGCACAAUAUGUACAAUAUGUCUCAAGGACAAACUUUCAGCAACCAGAACUGCAAAUGGAUUCCUUAGCUACAGAGCAGAAUGAGAGGCAAUCAGAAGAUGUUUCUCCUAAUGUUUCUACCUUUUAAAAAUGCAUUUGUUUUCAACAUGGGUGCUGCAUGUCAGUGUGUACUUUCUGCAUUUAAAAAAGGAAACAAAAAUAAGUAAUGUUGCUGUUCAGAGUAUUUUAGUUUUAAAAAUGUAGGUAUUUUUUCAAUGUUGUUCAGUUUUAUGCGUUUACAGAUUGCCCAAAUUGUGGCCAUUUUGGCAGACUCAAGUUAUAUUUUUUAUUGACAAUUCAGAAUAAAAUGUAUAUAUUUUAUCUGUAAGUAUGUAUGUAUGCUAUCUAUUUCAGUGUAUGAAAUAUCCUGACCGUUAGUAGAAAGUCAGAUACAACGAAAAUCCUAAAUCCUAUUUUAAGCAGUUAGAACACAAGUUUCUAAGUUUAUGAAAUCUGUUUCCAGUAUAACAAAGUUACUGCAGUAACUUGAGUACAUUUUGACAAACACUAAACACUAAGGUCAACACUAAAAAUGCAAAUGCCCCCUGGUGAGAAUUCAAAAUAGUAUUUAACCCUAAUAUUGUUUACUCUUCUGACUUAAACAUAAAAAUUGAACACCAGAAACAGUCAGUUAGAGAAGGGCAUA